AUGGCGAACAUCAGCGACCGGAAGAGCAUCCCGCAGAUCUUGGUGGCCACUUGGGAUGCUUUUCGCCUGGUGAUCCUGGCAGAUCCCUUCGACAACAUUCACCUCACCAUCACCGACGUGAAGAUCUCAGAGGUGCCUGGGGCCUCUCGCUGGCGACUCUCCACCUGGGAGCUCCCAGAAGAUGAUAAGGAAGGGACUCCAUACAUCAGGGACGAAGCUUUCGUCGAGGGCUUCCUGGUGCCAGGAAGAAUUCAGGUCUACAAUGCCUUUGGGCAGACGGGCCGUGAGGGUGCAGCCAUCCUGGGCCGCGAAUCCGAUUUGUUCUUCGACAUGACUUCAUCGGCAGCCCUGCGUGCUGGCAGUGACCUGGUGGUGGAAGCUCGAGGUGCUGGUCAAACUGGAUUCAAGCUGUUGAGCGAGACGGCUGCAAUUUGGACUUUGAAUGCAGAUGGAGAUUUCGACAGCAAGCUGGGUGAAUGGUACUGCACGGGCAUGCGAGACUUGUUUGACCCCGAGAACGAGACAGCUGUGAACCUGUCCAAGGAGAUCUACCUGCCGCAUCCUUCUGCGUGUGAAUGGGAUGAGACGCGAAGGGACAUGCUGAAAAACUUGGAUCGCAGUGAGCCAACGGCUGAGCGCAUCGCCAAUGUGGUGGUGUUGAAGAUCUCGCAGGGUGCUCCUGUGGAAAGCCGGCUGCGGCUCAUCUUCAAGGUGCAAACGCCCAGCGACCGAACCACCUUCUUGCAAGAACGUUGGUACAUCGAAGUUCAGCUCAUGGACCACAGCACCGGCAUGCUGAACCUGGUGACCACCAAUGAUGGUGGCCCCGUGCCACUCUCGGUGGUCACGCAGCUUCCCACGGAGCCGCCCCCGGAGCCCUCACACGUGGCGCCCCUGACACGAGUGGAGGUGCUGUUCCAGCUGGACCCUUUGGACACGGGUGCAGAGGCUUUUGCCCUGACUGCACCGCCUGGCUACACCUUCGUGCACCCCUGCCGCGUGCCGUUUCAGGUGAACAAAACCAACAACGCAGAGAACAUGCGUUGUUUUCCCCUGCCACCUCUCAAUGGCCGCAGCCGAGCGCGGGUGGAUUGCCAGGCGGAUCGAAGCGAUACGAAUGCCAAGGGCCUUGGCACCGACUGCUUUCGUGAGGCACCUGCCGUGAUCUAUGUUUCCACGCCCGAGGCUUCUGUGACCGCAGCUGAGAACGUGUGGUUCGUUGAGGCGGUAGAUGUCAUAGGCGGGAACUACAGCUCCAUCGGCGACCGGCUGGGACGGGGCACCCUGGCUGGAUUCGAAAUCGUUGACAUGGACGUGCAGGUGGUCUAUGGAUCUUUGGCCUCGGUGCCGGUGGACGUGGGCAUCGCCUUCUCCAGUCGAGUGGAUGUGCCGCCCAACGGCCAGGUGAUGGUCGUUGGGCCGCCUGACCUGCAACAAUUCGGCUGUGUGAACAAGCGCGGCACUGUGAAGCCCGGCUCUCUGGGAACGAUCAGCAGCUGCCGGAGCGCGGUGAACCCCCCCAGCGUGACCAUUACUUUGAACCAGACUCUCCCGGAGGGCUUGCACUUGGUCAUCGUCCCUGGUGAAACACCUCGACAAAACCCACUGGCGGGGCUCAACACCUUCGACAUUUUUCUUCGUGCUCCUGAUGGAGAAAAUCUGGACGUGUCGUUGAAAGUGCCUGGCGAACCCGUGCAACAAGGCUUGAGAGCCAGUGUGUUAGCGUUUUGGUGGACUCAGCUUCUGCAGUAUGACACCUACUUCACAGUGACCGUUCCCAUCGAGAUCUUGGACGACGUGGACAUUGAUGUUUGGGGGAUCCUCAUCGACUUCCCGAAGGAGCCAGAUUAUCGACUGGACACCAUGGAGAUUCAGGCAUCUACAUCCUUCGGAGAAGGCUUGUACCUCUCCUCCAGUAGAUCGCCCUUCCAAGCCAAAGUGGGUGACAACCAGCUUUUGGUACACUUGGACAAGACCAAGAAGUUGCGGACAGGCCUCACAUUGAUCAACCUUCAGAUUACCCGACCGGAGCGUUUGCCCAUGUUCAACUUCUGGCGGAUUGCCAUGUGUGGCAACCAGAUGGGCGAGAAUGGCGAAGGUUGCACUCUGGGCGAACCUCGCACAGAACGCGGACCAGCGGUGAUUUGCGUCUUUGCAUCCGGAGGCUUUGACCCCUUGGAGUAUAGCAGCCCUCCACAGGACCUGAAGACCAUUACUGGUGGCGCGUGGCGCAGCAAGGUGAGCUUCUUGCUGGGCAUGGCAUGUGGAGCAGCAAUGACUUUGUAG